CAGCCUUGGAGGAUAUUGCCAGAGCUUCUCUGUCCACUACGCCUGUGCUCCAAACCUCCGUCAACAUCCUUCAUAACUGCUUGUUGUAAUCUGACGCUUGUAUCAGAAUGAUAAGAAGAAGUUUCACGAUAUCAGGUCCUCAUCACGACCGCUUCUUCGAAAUCUGAUCCAAUUUCAACUACAAAGUUCCAAGCUUAAUAAUGGUUAAAUUCACAGUGAUUCCCCGUCUCAGAAAGUGCUAUUCAACUUACCUUUUCUGAGCCUCUCUCAACAAGCCCAUCGACCUCGUCGUAUAUAUACCCUUCCCUUCGUUACCAACCCCAAAAUCAUUCCCUCCAACGUUGCGUGCCAUGUUCGAUUUACAAUCUCUCGGUUUCAAAGGUCAAAUCCUCACAACCUCCUCGCCAGACUACGACGCUGCCAGGGACCGUUACCCAAAAAACGCCGUCCUCAAACCUUCCUACAUCGCUCAACCCGCCACCGUACAAGACAUCCCUCUCGCAAUCAAGUUUGCUCUAUCUCAAAAUCCUCCACUCGAGCUCGCAGUCAAAGGAGGAGGAGUUAGUCCUUAUCCUGCUUCAUCUUCUGAUGGAGGGCUCGUGAUCGAUUUGAGCCACCUCAAAGCCGUCAAAGUCGCCGAUGACAAACAGUCUGUCUCUGUUGGUGGGGGCGCCCUUUGGAGUGACGUUUACGCCGAGACAGACAAACAUGGUGUGGUACCUAUCGGUGGAAACGUGCAUUUCUUGGGUGUUGGUGGUGUCACUCUCGCUGGAGGGUACUCCAAUCUAUCCGGGAAGCAUGGUCUCGGUGUCGAUAACAUUCUUCAAGCCACGGUUGUUCUGGCUGAUGGAAGGGUUGUGACUACGAGCGAGAAGGAAGAACCUGAUCUUUUCUGGGCUAUCCGCGGUGGCGUUAACCAGUUCGGAGUCGUCGCAGAGCUCGUAUUGAAGACCUACCCUCUAUCCAAGGCAAUGACUAUAGGAGCCAUGGUUUAUCCCGGAACUGAACUCCAAAACGUCCUCGCAGCACUACACAAACACCUCGAGAACCACCAUCCAAGCACUAAAAUGAUUCUCAUGUUCGCUAGAGCCCCACCUGACUUCUAUCCCGGUCUUCUCCUCCUCCCCUACAUCGAAAAUGACGCCACGCCACCGGACGAAGUCCUCGCUCCCUUCCGCGAGCUCGUCAAACCCAUCUUCGAAGGCCUCGCAACCGUAGAUGGCUAUCUCCCCGUCACCCACGGCGCUGACCAAGCUCUGAGUGGUGCACCCCCUCGUAUGUCUAUCGACGGUGCCCUAUUCGGUGAUUUGUGGGACGAUGUGGUUGGUCAGGCUUUUGGAAGUUGGGUUGGGUUCACGGAGGAUCCGGAGUUUAGAAGUACGAUUGUGAUGUGGGAGUUGGGACAUAGGGAUAAGAUAGUGGAGAGGAAGGUGGAGGAUAUGGCGUUUGCGGCGAGGGAGAAGCAUUAUUAUAUGGCUGCUAUUCCGAGAUUCACCAACGCCUCUGGAGAUGCGAAAGCAGCAGAAUGGGUCUCGAGUAUUACCAGCCUCGUUCGGACAUCUCAUCUUGAGAAGACAGGAAAAGCUCUUAUUACUCCCCCCAGUUUCGCUUUGAGCCCCCAGAGUGUGCCUGCUGAGAAGAUAUGGGGCGAUAACCUUCCCAAGUUGAGAAAGUUGAAGGCCAAGUAUGAUCCGAAGAAGGUUUGGAGCAAGGGGUGGUGUAUUGAACCUGAUCCAAAACUCUAGUAGUAAUAGUAGAAACGUUCCCAAAAAACCAAAGCUUGUUUGUAAUACUUGAUGUAUGGGUGUCGAUUUUGUAUCGAGAUAUUUGAUGUCCUGG